AGCCGCCUGCGAAUUUGCCUUUUCGGUGACAUUACGAUGGUUCCGUACCUCCAACGAACACUUGCUGUGGCCCUUGGACUCGCAUCUAUCUCUUGCACAACUGCUGCAGGACUCAGCUCGCAUCUUUCCCGUCGAGCUCAGUGCUCAGCGACAUUGGACGAGGCCCAGACGGUAGCAACGCGCCUGCAGUCCUACUACGACUCGUCUUCCGGGACAUACACUACAGGUGGUGGCCCAUGGACAGAUGCCAAUGCCGUUGAAACACUUUUCAAUCUCAUGCUCGCUACGGCGGACUACACCUGGGCCGACGUCGCUACGACUUGUUCGAGAUGCCAGGCGGCUCUGAGCGGGGACUAUAGUAGUGCCUUAACAGGAUACAACGACGAUGCGGGGUGGUUUGUCUUGGAACUAUACAAAGUUGCGGAUUAUGAGAAUGUGGUGGGAGGCAACUCGGCACCUUACUACGACCUCGCUGCCUGGAUCUAUGAUUUCAUAUCUGGUCAAUGGGACGAUACUUGCAAUGGUGGUGUUUGGUGGUCAACGGAUCAUACCUACAAGAACGCCAUCACAAACGAACUUUACCUCGCUGUCUCUGCCCGUGGCUAUGAGAUUACUGGAAAUCAGACGUACUUAGACAACGCGAACAACGCCUGGAACUGGUUACUCAGUUCUGGUAUGAGGAACUCAGAUGGUUUGUGGAACGACGGACUUGAUCUCGCUACUUGUGAGAAUAACGGCCAGAACACAUGGACGUACAACCAGGGUGUCCUCGCUUCUGGUCUCGGCCUGCUGUAUAAAUUCACCCAGGACACCACCUAUCUGGAUCAAGCGGAAAUCACUCUCGAUGCAACUAUCACCCACCUCUCUGAGAACGGAGUCUUGAAGGAGUCGUGUGAUGAUCCUGCUUCCGGGGCAGGUAAUUGUGGUUCUGAUGGUUCUCUCUUCAAAGGUCUCUGGGUAAAACACGUCCAGUACUACCUCGACUCCGCCAAUGAUGCCACGCGAACGGCCAAGUACAGUCCUUUCCUGGGCACCACCGCGGCAGGAGUACACAACAACGCCCUUGACUCUGCGAACGAUAUUGGCACAGUGUGGUACGCGCCAAACGAGGGCGGGUCGGUGUUCAGCGAGGUGGCGACGUCGAGUGGGUUGAAUGUGCUCGUUGCGGCAGCAAAGUAUGGGCCAUGCCCCGCAUGGUGAUCCUGCACAAGCAAUAUGGACUACGAGUGCUUGAGCAGUGGUUGAAUAUAAUUUAUUCUUGCAAAUAC